UCUGCUCGUUAUGCAACGGGCCCGUGAGGUCGGGGGGGGAUUAAAGCCAACGCUGCCCGCUCGGACUGCUCUUUCCAGGCUAGCAGAGGAGCUGUGGGUCUUAACCGGGGAACCCAGUGAGGUGUGAGCAUGAAGAUCGCAGUGAUCGGACAGAGUCUGUUCGGCCAGGAAGUUUACAAAGAGCUGCGGAAGGACGGCCACAUCAUCGUGGGAGUCUUCACCAUCCCUGACAAGGAUGGCAAGGCCGAUCCACUAGCAACUGAGGCGGAGAAGGAUGGCGUUGCCGUCUUCAAGUUCCCUCGCUGGCGCGUGAAGGGCGAGGCCAUCGCGGAGGUGGUGGCUCAGUACGAGGCCUGCGGCGCCGAGCUCAACGUCCUGCCCUUCUGCUCCCAGUUCAUCCCCAUGGAGGUGAUCGAUCGGCCCCGGCACGGCUCCGUCAUCUACCACCCCUCCCUGCUGCCUCGCCACAGGGGCGCCUCCGCCAUCAACUGGACGCUGAUCCAUGGGGACAAGAAGGGCGGGUUCACGGUGUUCUGGGCCGACGACGGACUGGACACCGGGCCCAUCCUGCUGCAGAGGGAGUGUGACGUCGAGCGCGAUGACACCGUCAACACAAUCUACAAGAGAUUCCUCUUCCCGGAGGGGGUCAAGGGCACAGUGGAUGCAGUGAGGCUGAUUGCGGAGGGAAAAGCCCCGAGGAUCAGCCAGCCACUAGAGGGAGCCACAUACGAGUGCAUUCAGAAGAAAGACAACGCCAAGAUUGACUGGAACCGGUCCGCUGAGGAUCUGCACAACUGGAUCCGAGGAAACGACAAGGUGCCCGGGGCCUGGGCGGAGGUGGACGGACAGAAAGUCACUUUCUACGGCUCCACUCUGGUGGAUGCCGGCAGCGCGGCUCACGGACGGCCUCUGGAGAUCCCCGGAGCCAGCCGGCCCGGCGUCGUCGCCAAGGCCGGCCUGGUGCUGUUUGGCAACGACGGCAAGACGCUGUUGGUGAAGAAUCUUCAGUUUGAGGACGGGAAGAUGAUCGCGGCGGCGCAGUACUUCAGCUCGGGGAGCAGUGCUGCCGUGGAGCUGACGGAGGAGGAGAACUCCUUCGCUGAGGAGAUGAGGGCGGUGUGGCAGAGCAUUCUGACUAAUGUCAGUCGCAUUGAAGACUCCACGGAUUUCUUCAAGUCCGGCGCUGCUUCCAUGGACGUGGUCAGACUUGUGGAGGAGGUGAAGCUGCGUGCCGGCGGCUGCCAGCUGCAGAAUGAGGACGUCUACAUGAACUGCACAUUCCGGGAUUUCAUCCAGAUGUGCGUGCGGAGGCUGCGAGGGGAGGACGAGGAGGAGGAACUGGUUGUGGACUACGUGGAGCAGAACACCAACAACAUGACCAUAAAGAUGCCCCACCAGCUGUUCAUUAACGGAGAGUUCGUUGACGCGGAGGGAAGGAAGACGUACAAGACCAUCAACCCCACCGACGGCACGGCCAUCUGUGACGUGUCUCUGGCCCAGAUCAGCGACGUGGACAAGGCAGUGGCUGCUGCCAAGGAGGCCUUUGAAGAGGGCGAGUGGGGCAGGAUGAACCCCAGAGACCGAGGACGACUCCUCUACAAGCUGGCUGACCUGAUGGAGGAGCACCAGGAGGAGCUGGCCACCAUCGAAGCCAUCGACUCCGGGGCCGUUUACACUCUGGCCCUGAAGACCCACGUGGGCAUGUCCAUCCAGACCUUCCGCUACUUCGCCGGCUGGUGUGACAAGAUCCAAGGCAGCACCAUUCCCAUCAACCAGGCCAGGCCCAAUCGGAACCUGACCUUCACCAAGAAGGAGCCAAUAGGCGUGUGUGCCAUAGUGAUCCCCUGGAACUACCCGCUGAUGAUGCUGGCGUGGAAGACGGCGGCCUGCCUGGCGGCCGGGAACACCGUGGUCCUCAAACCCGCUCAGGUGACUCCGCUAACCGCGCUGAAGUUCGCCGAGUUGGCGGCGAGGGCGGGACUUCCCAAAGGAGUGGUUAACAUUCUGCCUGGAUCAGGUGCUGUGGUGGGUCAGCGUCUGUCCGACCACCCUGACGUCCGUAAGCUGGGCUUCACCGGCUCCACUGAGAUAGGGAAACACAUCAUGAGGAGCUGCGCCGUCAGCAACGUGAAGAAGGUGUCCCUGGAGCUGGGAGGGAAAUCCCCUCUCAUCAUCUUCGCUGACUGCGACAUGGACAAGGCCGUGCGCGUGGGCAUGAGCUCCGUGUUCUUCAACAAAGGGGAGAACUGCAUCGCAGCCGGCCGACUGUUUGUGGAAGAAACCAUCCACGACCAGUUUCUGACCAAAGUGGUUGGUGAGAUCAAGAAGAUGAAGAUCGGUGAUCCGCUGGACCGCUCCACAAACCACGGCCCCCAGAACCACAAAGCCCACCUGGACAAGCUGCUGGAGUUCUGUCAGGCCGGCGUCCAGGAGGGAGCCACGCUCAUCUGUGGAGGCAAACAGGUGCAGCGGCCAGGUUUCUUCUUCGAGCCUACGGUGUUCACUGACGUGCAGGACCACAUGUACAUCGCUAUCGAGGAGUCGUUCGGCCCCGUCAUGAUCCUCUCCAAGUUCAAGAGCGGUGAGGUGGACGAGGUCCUGAGGAGGGCCAACGCGACGGAGUACGGCCUGGCGUCCGGUGUGUUCACUCAGGACAUCAGCAGAGCUCUGUACGUCAGCGAGAAGCUCAACGCCGGCACGGUGUUCGUCAACACCUACAACAAGACGGACGUGGCCUCGCCUUUCGGAGGCUUCAAACAGUCCGGCUUUGGCAAAGACUUGGGACAAGAGGCUCUCAACGAAUACCUGAAGACAAAGGCGGUCACCAUAGAGUAUUAGGUCCGAGCACUUGGAGGAAGAGGCAGUUAGACAGCAGCUCCCUGAGGACAGACGGGUGGACACGGACAGAAGAGACGAGCAGAGGGACAGACGGGGUCAGCGGGCCGCUGGAGUGAUCGAGAAUACCUUUAGUGUCCCAUUAGUGACUGCUGAUAUGUAAUUAACAUGUUAAUCAGUCCAACACGGAGCCAUGUUGUAGAGAGUGUUGUCUGGAAUUAACUGAAAUGACUGUUUUGUAAUUAAUGCGAUUUAUAAAUUAUUCACAGAUUGCCUUCCUUUCUAAUAUGUCUUUUAUUUAGAAAAGUCCAAAUAAAUAACAUUUCUAAUGAG